AUGUCUUGGCGCGAGCUCCUUCCCCCCUGGCUGGUGAUCGUGGCAGGACUGACUGGCAUCGUGCUGCUUUGUGUCUCCACUAAAAAUGUGCCUGUUACCCCUCUCAGGAUCAAGCAUGGCAUUGUUCUGGAUGCUGGCCCAUCCCGCACUAUCCUCUUCAUCUACCAGUGGACCACCAAGGCCAACAGGACUGGAGUGAUCAGGGAGUGCAGUUCCUGUCCUGUGCAAGGUCUAGGAGUCUCCAACUACUCAGAUUCUCCUCAGAAAGCAGGGAAGAGCUUGGAGCCAUGCUUGAACUGGGCCCAGAAGGAGAUCCCAGCAGAGCAGCACAGCCAAACCCCCCUCUAUGUGGGAGCAACCACCAGCACAGGGCAGCUCAACCUCACCCAUCCCAUCCUCUCUGACACUGCCCUUGCAGCCCUGACUGCGGCCCUGAAGUCAUCCCCCUUCAACUAUCAGGGGGCACAAAUCCUGCCCAGUCCAAACAAGGAAGCAUUCAACUGGGUUGCUGUUAACUAUGUCCUGGAGAACUUCUUCAAGUACGACUGGCGAGGACAGUUGGUCCCCUCUGACAAGGGCAUGGCAGGAGUCCUCUCUGUGGGAAGAACCUCAACACAGCUCACUUCCAAGGUGGAAGAAGAGAACCAGGCACUGAAAGAUGGAGUAAUGCUGCAGCUGUAUGGGCAGACACACAAGGUGUACACUCACCACUGCCCCUGCCACGGCACGGAGCAGCUCCGCAGCAGCCUGCUCUCCAGGCUCAUCCAGGCUCAGAGAGGCACUAAAACGGUGCUGAAUCCCUGCUGGCCCCUCGCCUACUCCCGGGAAGUGCAGUGGCAGUCAGUGCAUGCUGGGCCUUGUGCUGCCAGGGCUGACAGCUGGGACAGCCCUGCCCCUGAGGAGGUCUUCAACAUCACCGGCUCCAGCAGUCCUGCUGCCUGCCUGGGGCUAGUGCAAGGCCUGCUCAACUCUUCCUCUUCCUGCAGCUUCCUCAUGCAUUCCCUCAGCAAGCCCAGGAGCAGGCUUCUCGUGAUUUCUGAGGCCAUGGACUUCAUGAGAGAAGCUCUACCUUCUCCUGACUUGGGACAGGCAGUCAGCAGGCUUUGUGGGAUGUCCAUCAAAGAGCUGGCUAAGGAGCCCCAGAGGAGCCUGGAUACACUGACUGACUACUGCCUCACAUCUGCCUUCAUCUUUCAUCUCAGUACAAAGGGCUACACCUUGGACUUGGAUGGGUCUGUCAGGACUGCAUUCCAGAAGAUGGGUGACACAUCAUCUGGCUGGACACUUGGGUACCUGCUGAGUCUGACCAACACCACCCCUCAGGACAGCCCAACCUUCCUCAAGGGCAUUGACUCGGGAAUUUGGUCUCUGCUCCUCAUCCUCUUUGUGGUGCUGCUCACCGGGUCCUUCAUGCGCAUCUCCUACCGAGUGAUGGUGAAGGAGAACAGCUUCAGCAACAGGAACAGCAGUGUCUUUGAUGACAACUGAGAGGCCCCUGGGGCUCAGCACUCCCGCCAGAGGGCAGCCAGUGGGGUACAUUACAGAAGUCAGGCAGGUGUAAGUCACUGGAGGAUGGAAGUGAUUUUCCUGCAGGACUCCCAAAGCCUCAGAGCCCUGUUUCCCAUGACUAGCACUUGCACUGCUCUACCUUGAGACAUCAGAUCCUGUUCAGCAGGAAACCUGUGAUUCCUUGGGGAUGGCAAGCUCCAGAUGAGAGCAGCCUGCACAGAUCCUGCUCAGGCUGCAGCUGAGGUUACUCAUGUUGACCUAAUGAAAAUGUUCCUCUGAUCAGGCAGGCCCUGAGCUGUUGUAAAGUGAAUACUGCAUAAUCCUGUUAGUCAGGAGAGGUGGUGCCCUCAAAAAGUGCUCUGUCCUCUUCUGUGCCCACAAGAGAGAAGGUCCAUGCAGCAUUGCCACUAGUGGAGACUGGAACAGCACUAAAGAGCCAACUUGCUUCCAUGUUCCAGGGAAAAGGCAGGGAUUUUCUGCCUGCUACUGCUGAUCUCUCAGUCCAUGCUACUCUGCCCAUGCAUCCCUUCCAGAGAGUGCUCUUGCUGACCAAGGAGCCCUCAAAAGCAAGGCUUGGUCUCUGCAAGAUGUGGAGAGCAUCAAAGGAGAAACUGGACACAGACACCCAGCUGAGUUCCUGUCCCUCAGGGGCAGAACUAUCAAUGGCAACUCUUUAACCAGACCCAACAACACAAGUUCCUUCCCAUCAGCUAGAGCAAGGGGUGUGCUGGGCUGAGCUUCACCACUGUUCAUUUGCACUGCACUGCCUGGCUCCUUGACUCUGAAGAUGAAGCCAUCUCAGCCAACAUUGUCCUUUAGACAAGAGCAGACCCAGGAACAGAGGCUUUCUAAUUGUCAGCUCAAAGACUUUCACAUCAGACUGUGACCAGAGUUACUUGAGAAUCCAAUGCUCAGGAUUCCCCUGGGCCUUGGCAGUCCUCCCAGCUCCUUCUCUCUGCUUGUCUAAAAGAUGAGGUGCUGGACAGGUUCUCUGUGUUGAUGUGAGGAAAAGGGAUGGAUGCAGACAAAGCCUGGCCACUGACUAACAGCACUGAGAGCUCACUUCUCAGACUGCUUCAGAGGAUUAAACAUGCAGGCUGUUAAAAGGCCAAGGCAGCAGCAAAACUCCAGCUCAUUUCAGGCCACUUGAAACAGAAAUGCAAAUGCUUACAGAGGCAGGGAUGUGCCUUGCAGGAUUUUUUAAGCUCCCAUGGCACCCAAAUCCUUUCAAAUCUGAUUAUUAAUCCCUUGUGGUCCCAACUCAUAUAUAGGCCACAUCUCCUCCCCCACAAUAUUGAAGCCUUCAUCCAUUUUUUUUCCAGCUAAUGAAUGAAGGUUUGGAACCUGCCAGUCAGGUUUGGAGGGGUGUGGAGAUAGAUUUUCAACAAGCUUCAUAUUCAUUCCUUUGAGCUGCACGUUGGGUACCUUUAAUUGUAUCAUGUUAUUAAAGAGGUUGUAACAGAC